UAUCUAUAUCGUACAGGUAAACAAAGAAAAAUGGACGGUGACAUAGGUACAUGGAUUAGUAGUAUUCCCAAAGUGACACGGUACUGGUUCUUCUCCUUCUUCAUUGUACCUCUAACGACUCGACUUGGACUCAUAAAUCCGGUCAAUCUAAUAUUGAUCUCAGGAAAAACGAUCUAUGAAUUCCAGAUAUGGCGAUUAGUCACAUCUCUCCUGUGGCAUCCGGUUAACUUCAAUUGGCUAAUGAUGUUAUUCUUUUUAUACAAUUACUCCCGACUUCUUGAAGAAGGUCAUUUUACAGGUAGACCAGCAGAUUAUAUCUUUAUGAUACUUUUUAAUGCAAUAUGUAUUGAUAUUGCAGGGUUAUUUUUUGAUUUAUACAUCAUGAGUCCGGCACUAAUAUUCUCAGUGUUGUACGUUUGGUGUCAGAUCAAUAAAGACACUAUUGUCCGCUUCUGGUUCGGUAUACAAGUUAGAGCAAUGUAUUUUCCUUGGAUAUUGUUUCUGUUUUUCUUCAUAUUAGGAGCAAAUUGGCCUAUAUUGCUCCUUGGCAUACUUGUUGGACAUCUUUAUUUUUUCCUAAUGUACAAAUAUCCACAAGAAUUUGGUGGGACUCAACUUCUUUCUACUCCUAAAUUCCUCUACAGUUUCUUACCGAAUGAAAGGACUAUGGGUGGUUUUGGUGCUGCCCCCCAGAGAAGGAGGGAUGAGAGGGGAGACAACAGGUGGGGGAGAGGAGGACAUGACUGGGGUCAAGGCCAAAGGCUAGGAGAUUUUUAAUUUCAAUUUGUACUAAUAUAAAAGCCACCGCUAACUAAAAUGACAAUAAUAUUUUACACAGGCUAACUAAAAUGACAACACAAGGCUAGGAGAUUGUAAUCAAUUUUAAUUUUAAAAUGAUAUAACAAUAAAUAAUAA